UCCAAAGUUGGAAAGACUUCAUCAUUUCCAACAUGUCAUCAAGUACUUUGUUUCAUGUUCCAAGUAAAAUUAAAUUGCCAAUUAAUUUUUUAUCCUGGAAAGAGAAAGCAAUGAAGAAACUUAAAAUUAGAGAGAACAGCAAAAAAUUCUUAGAGAAAGCAUGGUAUUCUCCUUAGACUAAGAUGGUCUUCUCUCUCUCUCUCUCUCUUUUUUUUUUUUCUAAUACAAAACAUAAUCUGCCCGAUUUCAAGAGCCCUUGUUCGGCCCAGAGGGAUUGUUAGUUUGGAAAUACCCGCCUUACACUGUACUUGAGGUGGGAUCAUACACCCAACAAAGCGAAGUUAGUUGCAGCAGUGUGUACGGGGCAGAUGCUUACACCCCAUCCCACUCAUCUUCCACCACAAUCAAAUAUCUAUCGACUCAUCACUGUUUCAGGUCAGGGCUCAGUAACUCAACCAAUUCUACAAAACAGUGUUAUUGUUACAAGAUGUACCAGUUGGUUAAAGAAAAGGAACCAUCUGCUGGCAAUGAUGCAGGAUCUCAGAAAGUUCAUAAUCAUUUGGGUGUAACUAAGAGGAAGGUUGAAAGUUGUGAUACAGCUGAAACCACAUGUCAAAGCUUGAAGAUUAUAAAUAAUGAUAAAUCUGGGAGCACAAGGCAGAGAAUCACUGUUCAUGCUGUUACUCAGUCACAUCCUUCUCCUGUACUUUCCCUUGUAGAGAGUGUACCUCAAGGUGCACACAUUACACAUAUUAAAGUAGACAAUUCGGAUAAAAGGGCGCACAAUGAGCCAUCGUCAUCUAAAGUCCUGCAAGAUGUACAUAUAUCUGGACAGUUGAUGGAAGAUUUUCUUGAACUUGCAAAAGACAACACAGAUAAGGAUCUGGAAACCUGUGGGGUUCUCGGUGCUUUUCUUGAAAACAGGACUUUCUAUGUGACCACUCUGAUAAUACCAAAACAGGAUUCAACUUCCAGUUCUUGUCAAGCUGUUAAUGAGGAGGAAGUUUUUGCCAUACAAAAUGAACGGUCUCUUUUUCCCGUGGGAUGGAUUCAUAUUCAGAAAACUGCCUCAACAGAGAUGAACUCUUCUGUCUUUUUCAUUUCUGUUUUUCAGACACAUCCUUCUCAAAGUUGUUUUAUGUCAUCAGUAGAUCUGCACACUCAGUACUCAUAUCAGGCAAUGGUACCUGAGGCUUUUGCUAUUGUUGUGGCUCCAACUGAUUCCUCAAGAAGCUCCGGAAUAUUUCGGCUUACUGAUCCUUGUGGUAUGAGUGUACUGAAAAACUGCCAAGAGGAUGGAUUUCAUCCUCACAAAGAACCAGCUGAUGGGUGCCCCAUUUAUGAGAACUGCUCAAAUGUCUACACAAAUUCAAAUCUGAGGUUUGAGAUCUUUGACUUGCGCUGAUUCAUUAACAUGUCAACAAAUGCAGGUGUGCUUGUAAUAUAUACCAUAGAAGAUUAAUCAAUACAAGUGAACAGGGAUUUGCCAUAAGUUACUUCUGACCAAAGUUUGGUGGGGUAUUGGUAAUAUCUUAAUGGUGAUGUAUAUAACUGGAAAACGAAUAACUAUGACGACACUCUGUGUUGUGCCUUAUUUGCUUUGUAACUUCACCUGAAAACAGAGUCACUGGGGCUCGGUGUACUAUAUUUCUGAUACACAAGUCUUGAGAGGAAUAAUGCUCUCUAGAAGUAUUUGGGGAGACUGUAAAUACAGGUGAUCAUCAUGAUAAUAAAGAGGCUUCACAUCUGUUGUUCAAGAA